GGCCAGACAUCGACAUCCGCAACAGUAUGGAGGAAUUGAAGCAACUGGAGGGCUGCACGGUGGUGGAAGGAUAUCUCCAGAUUUUGUUGAUCAACCAAGGAGCGGACUUUAGCAACUACCGCUUCCCGAAGCUCACGAUGAUCGUCGAUUAUCUGUUGCUUUUCCGCGUGGCUGGCCUGGAGACCCUCAGCGAUCUCUUUCCGAACCUGACAGUGAUUCGGGGCAAGAGCCUUUUCUACAACUACGCGCUGGUCAUCUUCGAGAUGACCAACCUCAAGGAAAUUGGGUUGUACAACUUGAGAAACAUCACUCGGGGGGCCAUCCGGAUCGAGAAGAAUUCGGACCUCUGCUACCUUUCCACGGUGGACUGGUCUCUGAUCUUGGAUGCUGUUUCCAAUAACUACAUUAUAGGAAAUAAAUCGCCAAAAGAAUGUGGGGAUUUGUGUCCAGGAACGGCGGAGGAGAAGCCGCUGUGUGAGAAGACUUCCAUAAAUAAUGAAUACAGCUUCCGCUGCUGGACUUCCAACCACUGCCAGAAAACCUGUCCCAGUUCCUGUGGCAAACAUGCUUGCACGGACCAGAACGAAUGCUGUCACCCCGAAUGCUUGGGCAGCUGCACCGCACCCCACAACAGCUCGGCCUGCGUAGCCUGUCGCAACUACUACCACGACGGCACCUGUGUUCCUACCUGCCCACCCAACACCUACAAGUUUGAGGGCUGGCGUUGCAUUACCAAGGAGAACUGCUCCCGGAUCUCUUCCUCGGAUUCACUUGGGGAAUAUGAGAGCUUCGUGAUCCAUGAGGACGAGUGUAUACAAGAGUGCCCUCCAGGAUUUGUGCGCAACGAUACCCAAAGCAUGUUCUGCAGCCCCUGUGAGGGACCCUGCCCCAAAGUGUGUGCAGAUGACAAAAUCAUGACGAUUGACUCCGUCACGUCGGCACAGACGCUCCAGGGAUGCACCGAAAUUAGAGGGAACCUUCUUAUCAACAUCCGCCGCGGGAACAAUAUCGCCUCUGAGUUGGAGGAUUUCAUGGGGUUGAUAGAAACGGUGACCGGAUAUGUGAAGAUCCGGCAUUCUCAUGCUUUGGUGUCCUUGUCGUUUUUGAAGAACCUGCGAUAUAUCAACGGAGAGGAACAACUGGAUGGGAAUUACUCGUUUUAUGUGCUGGACAACCAAAACUUGCAGCAACUGUGGGACUGGAGCCAUCAUAACCUGACCAUCAAAGAAGGAAAGAUGUACUUUGCUUUUAAUCCUAAAUUGUGCGUUUCGGAGAUUUACCAAAUGGAGGAGGUGACUGGAACCAAAGAUCGACAAAGCAAAGGCGACAUCAAUCCGAGGAACAAUGGGGAAAAGGCAUCCUGUGAAAGUCACAUCCUGAAAUUCGUUUCCAACACUACAAUGAAAAAUCGGAUCAAACUGACAUGGGAACAGUAUCGCCCUAAAGAUUACAGAGAUUUGAUUAGCUUCACCGUCUACUACAAAGAAGCAGCCUUCAAGAACGUGACCGAAUACGAUGGGCAGGACGCCUGUGGUUCUAACAGCUGGAACAUGGUGGAUGUGGACCUGCCUUCAAAUAAAGAGGACAACCCAGGGAUUUUACUGCAGCCGCUGAAGCCGUGGACCCAAUAUGCAAUUUACGUCAAAGCCGUCAUGCUCACCAUGAUGGAGAACUACCACCCUCACGGAGCGAAGAGUGAGAUUGUCUACAUCCGCACCAAGGCUGCAGUGCCGUCUGUCCCCCUGGAUGUCAUCUCAGCCUCCAACUCUUCCUCACAGCUGAUUGUGAAAUGGAAUCCUCCCACUUACCCCAAUGGCAACCUGUCUUACUAUAUUGUAAGGUGGCAGCAGCAACCUCAGGAUAGUUACCUGUACAGGCAUAACUACUGCUCCAAAGACAAAGUCCCGAUUCGGAGAUACGCUGAUGGGACCAUAGAUACGGAAGAGGCCACGGAGCCCACCAAGCCGGAAGGGUCUGGCGGUGAGAAAGGGCCUUGCUGCAAAUGCCCAAAGACCGAAGCAGAGAAGAAGGCUGAGAAGGAGGAAGCCGAAUACCGGAAGGUCUUUGAGAAUUUCCUCCAUAACGCCAUUUUUCUGCCCAGACCUGAUCGGAAGAGGAGGGAUUUGUUCCGUGUCGCAAACGCAACGUUUGCUGGUAAGAACAACAAGACCGGCAUCGCUCCGGAGCACUUGAGCAACGGGACCGAUAUGGAGGAGGGUGAGAUGGAGUUUCCCUUCUAUGAAGCGAAGGUGGACGGCAAAGAAAGGACCCUCAUUUCUCAUCUCCUGCCUUUCACCCUUUAUCGGAUCGACAUCCACAGUUGCAAUCACGAAGCGGCACACCUGGGCUGCAGCGCUUCAAACUUUGUCUUCGCCCGGACGAUGCCUGCAGAAGGGGCUGAUAACAUUCCAGGGAGUGUAACGUGGGAAGGGAAGGAAGAAAACGCCAUCACCCUGAAGUGGCCCGAGCCGGUUAACCCCAACGGGUUGGUUUUGAUGUACGAAAUCAAAUACGGACAAAAUGGAGAGGAGAAACGGGAAUGCGUUUCCAGGCAGGAAUAUAAGAAACUUUCUGGAGCAAAGCUCACUCAUUUGAACCCGGGGAACUACACGGUUAGAGUGCAGGCCACUUCGCUAGCUGGGAACGGAUCCUGGACGGAGCCAAUUUCAUUCUACGUCCAACCUAAACCAGCAGACUACGGAAAUUUCUUGCACCUGAUCAUCGUCCUCCCCAUCGCAGUCCUGCUGAUCAUUGGUGGUCUACUCAUCAUGGUUUACGUCUGCAACAAGAAGAGGAACAGUGACAGGCUUGGAAACGGAGUGCUUUAUGCUUCUGUGAAUCCUGAAUAUUUCAGCGCUUCAGAUGUAUACGUGCCCGAUGAAUGGGAAGUGCCCAGAGAAAAGAUUACAAUGUGCCGGGAACUCGGGCAAGGCUCCUUCGGCAUGGUCUACGAGGGAGUAGCCAAAGGCGUGGUGAAAGACGAGCCUGAAACCAGAGUGGCCAUCAAGACAGUCAACGAAUCAGCAAGCAUGAGAGAGCGGAUCGAGUUUCUCAACGAAGCUUCGGUGAUGAAGGAGUUCAACUGUCACCACGUAGUUCGGCUCCUUGGUGUUGUCUCUCAAGGUCAACCCACUCUGGUCAUCAUGGAACUCAUGACCCGAGGAGAUCUGAAGAGCUACCUGCGGUCUCUCCGCCCAGACACAGAAAACAACCCCAUUCAGAAUCCUCCGCCUUUAAAGAAAAUGAUUCAGAUGGCUGGGGAGAUUGCAGAUGGCAUGGCUUAUCUCAACGCCAACAAGUUUGUCCACAGAGACCUGGCUGCCAGGAACUGCAUGGUGGCAGAGGACUUCACUGUGAAAAUCGGAGAUUUCGGCAUGACGAGGGAUAUCUACGAGACUGAUUACUACCGGAAAGGUGGAAAGGGACUACUGCCGGUGCGCUGGAUGUCUCCAGAAUCGCUGAAGGAUGGCGUCUUCACGACCCACUCGGAUGUUUGGUCUUUCGGCGUUGUUUUGUGGGAAAUCGCCACCUUAGCGGAGCAGCCUUACCAAGGCAUGUCCAAUGAACAAGUUCUACGUUUUGUGAUGGAAGGAGGCCUCCUGGAGAAGCCGGACAACUGCCCAGACAUGCUCUUCGAACUGAUGCGCAUGUGCUGGCAGUACAACCCCAAGAUGCGCCCGUCUUUCCUGGAGAUCAUCGGCAGCAUCAAGGACGAGCUGGACCCGGCCUUCAAAGAGGUCUCCUUCUUCUACAGCGACGAGAACAAGCCUCCCGACACGGAAGAGCUUGACUUGGAGACAGAGAACAUGGAGAGCAUUCCUUUAGAUCCUUCCUCCACCCUCCAGCCUUCUGACAAACACUCAGGACACAAAGCCGAGAACGGCCCAGGCGUGAUGGUCCUCCGGGCCAGCUUUGAGGAGAGGCAGUCCUAUGCCCACAUGAAUGGAGGACGCAAGAACGAGCGGGCCUUGCCUUUACCCCAGUCUUCAGCCUGCUGACCUUGAGAAACAGGUUGUUGGGUUGUUGGUUUUUGUUUUUGUUUUUGUUUUGUUUCCUUUUCUUGUUUUGCAAAUGCAGAAAUAACGCGGCUCGUGCAUCGGAAGGGGGUUGAGCUGGGAGGAAGGCGAGAGAGCAAGCGAGAAAAAAUAACAAUAUAUUCAAAAGCCGACUGUACCUCAGUGGAUCUUCAAGAACUGUCAUUAACUGCACACAGGAGAAUCCUCUCUUCGAAUUCGAAGUCGAAAUGACUUUUAAUUUUUUUUUUCCUCUUUUUUUUUUGUUUCAAUAUGCAAGCAGGAGAUCGGUUCCGAGCAGCAGAACUCUCUCUGUACGUGGGGCACAGUCAGCCUUCUAAAACAAAAAACAAAAAAAACUUUGAAUAUUAACACUCAAUAGCAACAGAAAACAACAAACAAACUUGAGAAUCUGAUGUGUGUUUCCCCUUUUUCCUCUCCUUUCUUUCUGCUUCAUGAUGGGAAACAUGUCUGUGUGAAGUUCAACUCAAUGACCCUUUUUUUUCAUUUCUUUUCCGUUUCUUAAAGUUUUACAUCCGAGAAAAAAAUACAAAAAAAACGACAGGCCAGCAGCUCUCUACUUCCUUUUCCUUGCCUGACACUCUAUAGGUUGUUACAAAAAGAGAGAGAAGACUGGAUAUUAUUAUUUUUUACUAUGAUUCCUUAUACUUUCUAGGAUCGCACAAAAGAUAUAACUUUUUCCAGCGCUGCCAAACUUUGCCAAAAGAGAGAGAGAAAGAGAGAGAGAGAGAGAGAGAGAGAGAGAGAGAACUUCCUUUUAGAGUUUUCCUUGUUUUCGUUUAGUUUUAUUUCAUCACGCGCCCCAUCGAAACAAAAUGCAGACCAAUACACUCCCAUUUGUAUCGUACACCCUGGCGUUUUUAGAAAAUUAUUAUUAUUACUAUUUUGACUGGACAAAAAACUGUUCUCUCUCUCUCUCUCUCUCUCUCUCUCUUUUCUUAAAUAAAAAAGAAACGCGGUGCAGAACCUAAGGGGACGGGGUUGACUUAGCCACCUCGCCCGUUCAUUCUGGAUACAACUGGCCUGGAGGAUCAGAGCAACGAGGGGAGGAAGAGAUUCUCCUCGGCGCAGAAAUUUCAACCCAGCCCUCCAGAAUGGAAAUACAGACAAGACAAAACAGGAAGCCUUGUUGCCAUGAGUUGUUUCUUCUAGUCUUUGGCAGGCUUGCAGGGGAAAAAAAAAAAAAAAGGAAUUAAA